AUGGUCUCCCUCCUCAGUGUUCCUUUCCUUGCCUCUCUUUUUUCUCUCUUGUUCGUCGCCCAUGCCUUUCCUGUUACCUUGCUUUCGAGGGCCAAACUCGAUGUUUUUGUCCCGACAAUAGUCAGCCCCAAUUCAACGACCGUCUGGACCAUUGGAGAAAAUGCUACGAUUGUGUGGGACAUCUCCAAUGCCCCAGCCUCCAUCUCCAACGGUGCUGCUGUUGUUUUGAAUGGCUAUGGAACUGUUGCUGAAGGGUUUGACUUGCGGGCAGGGAGUGUCGACGUCCUUGUCCCUCAGGUGCCCCAAGGGAAUUAUUUCAUCACCUAUGCGCUAUUAGUGAAUGUCCGGCCGUCUCUACAGUUCUCUAACAUCUCCUCCUAG